AUGAGCCCUUCUCUGGAGCCGCUAGCUAUAACUGGAAUGUCCCUUAAAUUUCCAGGGAACGCCGUAUCUCCUGAAUCAUUCUGGAAAUUGAUUACAGAAGGCCAGAUGACAAUGAGAGACUAUCCACCCGAUCGAUCAAACAUUGAUGCAUUUUACCAUCCAGAUCGCGAUCGUCUUGAUCAGAUAUCAACCCGCGGGGCUAACUUCUUGAAUCAAGAUAUAAGUCGUUUUGAUGCCGCAUUUUUCUCAAUUAAUGCGGCAGAGGCAGAGGCAAUGGACCCCCAGCAGCGUCUAAUUUUGGAGACUGUCUAUCACGCUUUCGAGAAUGCUGGAAUGACCCUUAGUCAGGCAUCGUGGUCGAAGACCUGCGUGUACACUGGAUCGUUUAGCCAUGACUAUACGUUCAUGCAAGUCAAGGAUCCUAUGGCUCUGCCCAAGUUUCAUUCUACAGGGACUGGGAUGAAUAUGCUAUCUAAUAGAGUUAGCUGGUUCUUCAAUCUCACUGGCCCGAGUGCUACUGUAGACACAGCAUGCUACAGUAGUCUGAUAGCCCUUGACCUUGCGUGCAAAUCUAUUUGGAGUGGGGACUCCUCUAUGGGCGUGGCUAUUGGUAGCAAUGCGAUCAUCGGACUUGACACCAGUCUACCGUUGGAUAACCUCGGUUUAUUGUCUAACGAGAGCAGGUCAUACAGUUUUGAUCAGCGCGGCAAUGGGUAUGCUCGUGGCGAGGGAGUUGGAGUCCUGGUACUUCGCCCUCUUAAGGAUGCUAUCGAUCACAACGAUACUAUUAGAGCAGUGAUUCGCUCAUCAGGAUCGAACCAAGACGGACGAACUCAAGGAAUAACGCAGCCUAGCAUGGCCUUGCAGCAACAGCUCAUCCUAGACACUUAUAAUAAAGCUGACCUUGACUUGUCUCUGACACGCUAUGUCGAGGCUCAUGGAACAGGUAUGCUCGGUCUGCCACUACUUCUUCGUGUCGUUCGAAUUAUACUGCUCGAUCGCAAGCCAGUUAUAGGAUCUGUCAAAUCCACAAUUGGUCACUUGGAGGGUGCAAGUGGGGUUGCUGGUGUCAUAAAAACCGUGAUAGCUCUCGAAAAAGGAAUAAUCCCCCAAAAUACCGACUUUCAGCAACUGAAUCCUAGAAUCGAUGAUGCCUAUCUCAGGAUCAAGGUGGGGGACAAGCAAGUUCCCUGGCCAACAGACGGCUUGCGGCGAGCCUCUGUAAGUUCCUUUGGCUUUGGAGGCUCAAACGGUCACAUAGUGUUGGAUGAUGCCUAUCACUCUUUGCAGGCCAGCAACUUUCAAGCAAACCAUAAUACAACUGUGCAUACAUCGAACGGUUUACCAAAAGAAGAGACCGCUUCACCUAGAUUGUUCGUUCUGUCUUCAACCGAUGAGGAUGGCUUUUCGCGCCUUAAGGAUGUCUGGAGAUCGUUCUUUUCUUCCCUUGAGAUAGCUACCACAGAGAAACAACGCUUCCUUAAUAACCUAGCGUACACCUUGAGUCUUCGUCGAACGCAUCAUUCAUGGAGAACGUUUGCCGUUGUUCAUCCUAAUGAUGACUGGUCACACGUCGUUGAUGGCCUUGUUGGACCUCAGCAGACGAUAGCAUCCCCUAAUCUAGCGUUUAUAUUUACUGGGCAAGGAGCACAGUGGUAUGCUAUGGGCCGGGAGCUACUUGAUGCUUACCCUGUAUUUCGCGACAGUAUCCAGCAAGCUGGAUCAUACAUACAGACUCUCGGAUGUCGGUGGGACCUGAUGGGUAAGAGGGAAAUCACUACAUUCCCAGUCAUUGGAGACAUUAGCUCACCGAUUACAGAGGAGUUACAGAAACCAGAACUCGAGUCAAAUGUCAACAACACGGAGUACAGCCAGAUGCUCUGCACAGCUCUACAGAUUGCCCUGGUUGACCUCUUACAUCACACGGGAAUCGUUCCUGAAGCUGUAGUCGGACAUUCCUCAGGUGAAAUCGCCGCGGCGUACUGUGCCCAUGGCAUAACCCGAGAGUCUGCAUGGAAGAUCGCCUUUUACCGCGGAUUAUGGACCAGCAAGCUGGAACAGUUCAGCAGUAUCAAUGGAGCAAUGCUUGCAGUUGGUCUGUCGCGAGAGGCUAUUGCACCAUUUCUUGAAAGGACGUCUAUUCACUACUCGGCUUCGAGGCUAACCAUUGCUUGUAAAAAUAGCCCUCAAAGUACCACAGUAUCGGGAGAACAGCAACAAAUCGACACACUAGAGGGCUACCUUGAGCAAGAGCACAUAUUUUGCAGAAGGCUGAAGGUUAAGGUGGCGUACCAUUCCUUCCAAAUGAGCGAGAUCGCGACACAUUACCACCAGGCGAUAGGCCAGGUAGAAGGAACAAACCAUAAGGGCAAACGUCCAAACAUUCUCUCUUCUGUGACCGGGACCUGGAUCUCACACAGUGAGAUGCAGAGCGCAUCAUACUGGGUGCAGAAUUUGGUAUCAACUGUCAACUUUAGUGACGCUUUGACUACGCUCUGCUCGAACACCACUGAUGUGACUAUCAAGAAGCUUGAUGGUAGCCACCGACAGUCAUUAAGGAUGCACCAUCUUCUUGAGGUUGGACCUCACUCAGUUCUACAGGGCCCCGUUAAAGAUAUUCAGAAGAUAAUCGAGGGUCCCGCAGCCGUAUACCACCCAGUACUCGUCAGGGAAGUAUCGGCCUUGGAAUCAUUCCUACAAGCUGCCGGUCACUUAUACGCUGCUGGAUACCCAAUAAACCUGUCUCACGUGAACCGAUGUACCAUAGAGCAGGAACGACCGAUGUGCUUACCUUGUUUACCUGAGUAUCCCUUCAAUCAUAGUAGGUCCUAUUGGCACGAAAGCCAAAUUAGCAGAAACCAGCGACUUCCAAAGGUUAAGAAAAACGAUCUGCUUGGCAUGCCAGACUCGAACUGGAAUCCCUUAGAGCCACGUUGGCGGCAUAUCAUUUGGGCCUCUGACUUGCCAUGGAUUAAGGAUCAUCAGAUUUCAGGGACAAUCAUAUAUCCCGGGGCAGUAAUGCUUGUAAUGCCGAUAGAGGCAGCCAAGCAGCUUGCGAGUCCAGGUAGGGUAAUCUCCGGAUUCAAGUUGGAAGAUAUAUCACUUCUUGCCAGCAUUCGAAUUCCCCAGGGAGAGGGCGGUGUUGAGACGAACCUUUAUAUGAGACCUGACGACAGCAUGGAGAACAAAUAUUCUCAUCUAUUUUCGUUCAAAUUGUGCACAUAUGUGAAUGAUUGUUGGACCGAAAAUUGCCGUGGACGUAUCCACAUCUUGUACCAACCGGACGAGCCUGAUCCAGUCAAUGGGGAUAGGCUAGAACGAGAGGACCUCGCCGACUCGCUAUAUUCCUUCUCAAAAGCACCAGAUGGAUGCGGUUCAACCGUUUACAGUGACGUGAUAUAUGAUCAUAUGGCCAGAUGCGGAUUUGAAUAUGGCAAGACCUUUAGGCAGAUACACGCUCUGGCCGUGGGUGGAAAAGGAGAACGGGAAGUCAUUGGAGACGUGAACAAUGUCAAAGUCUCUAUGCAAGAUACAAUCCACCCUACUACCCUGGAUGGAAUUAUCCAGACCAUGGUAUGGUCUAUAAUACAGGGAGGCACAAGAACGGUUCCUACCUCUGUACCAACGUAUAUCGCGAGUAUGCGGGUAGCUGCAAACUGUUCCAAAUGCAAAGCUCUCAAGACCCACACAGUGACGGAGACCUCGGAGACUGGCACAUUGUUGACAUCAAUAAGGGCAUUCGACCGGGAUCUUCGCGAGGUGAUGGUGUCUAUCGAAGGACUGAAAUUCACCGCCAUUACCUCAAAAGCGCCUACAGAAAGCACAAGUCCCGUGAAGGACAAUCUGUGUCAUCGCUUUGAGUGCAAGCCUGAUAUUAAUCUCCUGAGCAACGAUGAACUCCAUACCGUAUGUCGCGGGGCGUAUCCGGAUUUGGCUAUACCCAAAGACUUCCUCAUUGAGCUUGACUUCCUCGUGAUGGUUCGAAUCACGGAAACAUUACAAGUCAUAUCACAGCGUGAUAUAGAGCCCCAAAAGCCGCACCUUAAGAAAUAUAUUGACUGGAUGAGGCACCACCAAGAACGCCUCCUGGGUGGGGAGCUUAUGUUCUCUACAGAGCCAUGGAAGAGCCGAUUUAGUGAUACAAAGUUUAUACAAGGGCUUGAAUCACGGGUAAUGAGGAAGGGUAAACAGGGUGAGCUGCUUGUGAGGGUCACGCGGCACUUGGUAGAGUUCUUGAACAAUGAGCUGGACCCAUUGGCAUUCUUGUACCAGGAAAACCUAGCUAGGGACUUUUAUGCUGAAAUGGUGAGGCUGAUCCUAUCCAAUGGUUUGUACUUGGAAAAGUACGUUGAACUUCUAGCCCAUGCCAAUCCGCAGAUGAAAAUUCUAGAGGUUGGCGCUGGGACGGGAUGUGCGACGGCGGCUCUACUGCGCAUUCUCGGAAAGAGCUAUGAGCACAAAUCAAUGAGCCCUAAGUACGCACAUUGGGAGUAUACGGAUAUAUCGCGCUCCUUUUUCGACGAAGCUGCGAAGCAGUUUGCGUCUGAAGGGAGUCGCAUAGCAUUCAGAACACUAGACAUUGAGGAGGACCCGGCAGAUCAGGGCUUUGAAUAUGCAACAUAUGACCUCCUUCUCGCUUGUAUGGUGUUUCAUGCUACUUCAGAUUUAGCCAGAACACUGACCCAUGCCCGAAGACUGCUGAAGCCUGGUGGAAAGUUAAUAUUAGUCGAGCUGACGAAUGCCUCCGCCAUCCGUGCUGCUGGAGUAUUUGGCCUUCUCGAUGGAUGGUGGCUUGGUUCAGAACCAUACAGAUUUCUUGGUCCGUUUGUGGAUGAGUCCCAAUGGAACAGUCUUCUAUUACAAGCUGGCUAUACCGGUUGCGAGAUCUUCUUCCCAGACUAUGAUGAUCGGAUAUGCCAUGAGACGGCAGUCAUUAUCUCCACAGCCACACAAAACCCAUCUCAAUUAACCUACGAUCGGCCCAUUGACAUUGUAUAUGAGCCUAAUGAUCUUGCACAGCUGGACCUAGGACGUACUCUUGCCCGUCAUUACACAACUCAAACCAAUCUUGCUAGGCUCAUUCCAAUCCAGGAUGCAACCCCCGAUUCUAAAGCGACCCUGCGGGUUUUCCUCCUAGAGUAUCAAAAACCAGUGUUAUAUGAUAUCGGGGAGGACAUAUACAAUAGACUGCAGCCUCUUCUACUUUCGGCCGAUCCUAUGUUAUGGGUAACUAACGGAGGCGGGAAACAGCUCUCACAGCCGAAGUCGCACCUGAUAGAUGGGCUGCUUAGAGUACUGUCGGAAGAAGAUGGGAACAGAUCUCACUACAUCCUUGCACUGGACCCUACGGAAACGCCAAAAGUCCCUCAUUUUGAGACCAUCGCAAAGCUUAGCCAACGAAUUUUGAGUGCCACAGAAAGUAUCGAUACGGAAUAUAUUGAGUCCAACGGGCUUUUGCAUAUUCCUCGAUUAACUGUUGAUCCGGUUCUAAACAAAGCUAUCUAUGAACUGGAACAAGUGGCAGCAGAAAUGAAGCAGAAAUUCGGCUCCGGUCCACCUCUUAAACUGGACGUAUACUCACCAUGCAUGCUAAACGGAUUCAAAUUUAUUGAGGACUAUGCUGUACAACAGCCUCUGGGACCUAAUGAAAUUGAGAUCCAAAACAGAUCGGUUGGUAUCAACUUUCGUGAUGUACUGGUGUCCUUAGGCCAACUUGAGUCGGACGACACAGGCCUUGAAUGCGCUGGUGUUGUUGUCCGCGUCGGGGACUCAUGUAGAAGAAUCAAGGUUGGGGAUCGCGUUGCUGCUCUAUAUCCCACUGCCUUUUCCACCUACAUUCGCCUCCCAGAGACAGGCCCAGUCGCAAUUAUUCCCGCAGGCAUGUCAUACACGGAUGCAGCUUCCAUUCCAGUUAGCUUCGUUACAUCUUAUAUUGCACUGAGACAAGCUGCCUCCCUUCAAGCCGGGGAGUCGAUACUAAUCCACUCAGGGGCCGGCGGUACCGGGCAGGCGGCUAUUCAGAUUGCACAAUACGUCGGUGCGGAGAUAUAUACGACUGUCGGUUCUGAAUCUAAAAAGCAAUUGAUUAUGGAAGUGUAUGGAAUUCCUGAAGACCAUAUAUUCUCUAGCCGAUCAACAGGGUUUGCAAAAGCGGUAAUGAGAAGAACCAGAGGCAAAGGCGUUAACGUGGUAUUAAACUCUCUAUCCGGUGAGGCAAUGCUGGCUUCCUGGAAAUGUAUUGCAACAUAUGGCCGCUUUAUUGAGAUUGGAAAGCGGGAUAUCUUGUCAAAUAAUAAUCUGCCUCUCGGCAUGUUCCUUCGCAAUACCAUGUUCAGAGGGUUCGAUUUAGGGGGGGUGAUGAUGGAUCGGCCCGACCUCUGCUUAUCGGCUUUGGACGACAUACUAUCAUUGAUGUCAGACGGUACUUUGCGACCAGUGCAGCCAAUUACUACUUACGGGAUUGGUGAUAUUGAGGCUGCCUUCAGAUUCAUGCAGACAGGCAAGCACCAAGGGAAGUUGGUAAUCGAUGUGGGAAUGGAAGAUAUGGUCACGACCGUCAUGAAUACAAAGCCUAACUUCACCUGCGACGGUAACGCAACAUAUGUGAUUGCGGGUGGUCUCGGGGGUAUUGGCCAAAGCAUCGCAGCCUGGCUUGUGGAUCGUGGCGCCCGAACCCUGCUCCUGCUCUCACGCUCAGGAGCCAAAGGCCCUGAAGCCAUGAAGUUUAUCAACUCUUUACAAUCGAAGGGUGCGAGGGCUAUUGCCUUAGCUUGUGAUAUAUGUAACGAGAGCUCCUUGCGAAAGGUGCUUGAAGAAUGGCAGCCUCAACUACCUCCUAUCAAGGGGUGUAUCCAGGCUGCCAUGGUCUUGCGGGAUCGUACCUUCGAGAGUAUGUCAUACAAAGACUGGGAGGCAGCAGUAAAGCCAAAAGCUCAAGGAUCGUGGAUUCUACACUGUCUUUUGCCAGGGGGAAUGGAAUUCUUCAUUCUACUCUCGUCUUUAUCGGGCAUCAUUGGCACUCAUGGUCAAGCUAACUAUGCUGCCGGAAACACUUUUCAGGACGCUCUCGCGCGGUACCGAGUGAACAUGGGCGAGAGUGCUGCGUCACUAGAUCUGGGCCUAAUCAUAUAUACUGGAGCUGUGGCAAACAAUCUGAAGCUUUUGCCAAGAUGGCAAUCAAAUUCUGUUUCUACACCCAUAACAGAAUCUGAGCUUAAGGCUCUGGUUGACUGCUACUGUAGCCCCUUGCAUGGAUAUGAGCUUGACUGCCAACCCUCAAUCGGUGUUCAACCCGAAGUCAGAGAAAGAGCAAAUUGGCCAGAGAAGCCAUUAUUUAAGGGUAUGACACUGGACGAAGCACACUCACAAGACUUACCGAGUCGAGAGCAGACUUUCCAACUUGCAGCGGCCAUGGAAAAUGCCCGGUCUUUGCAGGAAGGUAGCCAUGCAGUUACAAGAGCUCUAACUGCUAAACUCUCCAGCGCUCUGGCAUUGGACGAGAAGGAUAUUGAUCCCGAUAAACACCUAAGCAAAUACGGGGUGGAUUCUCUCGUCGCUGUAGAGCUUCGGACGUGGCUUGAUACGGAGUUAAAGGCCAAUAUUGCUAUCUUUGAUAUCAUCGGCAGUACGGUUGCGACAAUUGCACAGUUAGCUGCUAGCCGAAGUAAACUUCAGAAGGGAUACUCUACAUGA